AUGGCUGGCACACUGCCAUCAGUCCUGCAGACCUUGCUGGGUGAUUCACACUAUUUCACCCCCCAGAGAUCUUGUGUCUGCCACCAUCACCACCAUCACCAGCAUGACAUCGCCUCCAUCGAAACCAUGGACUCAUGGGCCCAGCUCCGUCUUAUGAAACACCUGCUCUGUGUUAGACGUCCUCGACAACCUCUUUUACCCUCCUUACUCCAGGGGAUCGAUCAGGCUCUGCUGGCAGAGCGUGCCAAUCGCCUUCUUAUUGACGCUGCUUCCAUUCCAGCCCUUCCAACUCCAUCAUCAUCGACACCAUCAGAGCCUUUCCCUGCCACACUCCACCUGUGGCAAGGGGACAUUACCACCUUGGAUGGAGUCACCGCCAUCACCAAUCCGGCCAAUGAGCAAAUGCUGGGAUGUUUCCAGCCGGCUCAUCGAUGCCUGGAUAAUGUCAUCCACACCCGGGCAGGUCCCCGCUUGCGCGAAGAAUGUUUCCAACAGAUGGCUCAAGGUCAGCGCAUUUUGCCUGUCGGCCAGGCUCGUGUCACCAAAGGCUACUGCCUGCCUGCCCCCUAUGUGAUUCACACCGUGGGCCCUCAGCUGGAUGCCGAACAGCCUCUGCAGCAAUGCUACGAGGCCGUCCUGGACGUCGCAGAAGCCCUGCCCGCAUCGGACCCUCAGGGUAAGACCAUCGCUCUCUGUGGUAUCUCGACCGGACUGUUUGCUUUCCCCGUGGAGGAGGCUGCAUCUAUUGCCGUUAGAUCGCACACCUCCAUCACCAACAUCGUCUUCAACACUUUCACCGACACCGACACGGCCGUCUACCAACAGACACUCAAGGAACUGCACUAUCCAGCUCCCUCCCUCGUGCCACCUCCCCAGGUCCGUGGAUCUUCUCUUGACCAAGCCAAAGCUUGGCUGGCUGCUGCCGAUACCAUUGUUAUCAGCUACGGAGCCGGCAUCUCGGCAGCCACCGGACUCGACUAUACCUCGACCACUCUGUUCGAUCGUCAUUUCCCGUCAUUCAAGCAAUACCAGCUGCGACGGCUCUAUGACACCUUUGGCCGUACCAACCGCGAUUGGCCAUCCGAGAGCGUCCGGUGGGGAUUCUACUUCUCCCAUCUAGCCAUGGUGCGUCGCUGGCCCCGCUCCUUCCUCUAUACCUCCCUGUUAGAAUGGCUGGCAUCGCGUUUCUCACCCGAUCGGGUUCACGUACGCAUCUCCAAUGCAGAUGGACUGUUUGUAGCCCAUGGAUUGCCUGAAGCGCAACUCUCCACCCCCCAGGGCCAGUAUGCCUUCUUGCAAUGUCUAGAAAAUUGCCGUCCGGAUGCCGUCUUCCCAUCUGCCCCCUACCUUGACGCUGUCCUGCCGCAUCUGGAUCCACACACCCAGGCCGUAACUGCGCAGGACAAGAUUCCGACAUGCCCCUUCUGUGGAAACUGGUUCAACGAGCGACCCUUCGCUCCCAGCGAAACGCGAUGGCACCAGUUCUGUGAGGCCUUCCUCACGGAUAUGACACGAAACGUAGUCAUUCUUGAGCUGGGAGUCGGCCUCUCCACACCAGGGGUGCUGCGGUGGGAUAAUGAGGAGCUAGUCGAACAGGGCGAUGGACGUGUACGACUGGUGCGCGCAGGCUUGGGCGACGCUGUGCAGGUUCCUGGGGAGUUGGCUGCUGCGCAGCUGGUCACCAGCAUAGAAGGGGACUUGCGGGAUGUGGUUCGGGCCAUCGUGGCUCCGUAG